UUUCAGACAACACUCAGCAGUGCAUAGAAGUGAAUGUCUGUCGCACUGUCUGUCCCUAUAAUACUGCCAUUCAGUGCUAUUAUUCACUCAUUUCCAGUCCAUUAGACACUUGAAUACUGCGGACACACCACAAGAGUCACCCCAACACUGGUCUCCCUAUCAUUGAGCCGCUAAUUGUGUCCACAUUUCCACUCAAAUGACUUGUUUUCACGAAACCAUUCAAAGAGUGGAGUGUUUCACAAAUACUGUGACCAAUUCAACCACUUUUGUGUCCACAAGACAUACCUGCGCCCCAACUCAGUGACCAGCGAUGACAUCCAAGACAUCGAAAGGUGUCAAGUGUUUGGACGACAACUUCGUGAUGCCGUCCGACGUGAAGAGAGCCGGAUAUAUGAAGAAACUGAAGACAAUGAAGAGGAAGUAUUUUGUGUUGAGAGACAAUAACGACUCAAAUGAGGCGAACCUUUGCUAUUACGACAGCGAGAAGAAG